CAGUAGCAGCUUCAGUCGAGUGCCAAACACCAGCAACAUGCUCAACAAAGCUACCGUCACCUUAACCGUGCUCCUGGCACUCUGCGCUCUAAGCACCUCCAAGGAGGUGAUGACGGUCAGAGCGUGCAGCGAGAAUCUUAACCAGUUGCUCAACAAUGUAUGUAAGGAUACGGGCUUCAAUGUCCUAAUGAGAAAGCGCGAUUCAUACGCUGCUUUGGACUUUGAUCCCAUCGACCCCAUUCAAUACAUUGAGGCAAAAGAGGCUACAAAUCUAUUGCCAUAUCCCUUGUCCAAUGGACGCAAUGUGAUCAAUUCGCUGACGGCCACUCGACGCCUUACUCGCAACGGGAUUAUCGAGGAAUGCUGCAUGAAAUCGUGCACUUAUAACGAGAUGAGGGCAUACUGCAGUACCCCUACAAAGUAACCUCUUUAAAGCUUGAAGCAACACUGAGUACAGGAACCUGAAUAACUAUAUUCUUUUAUAGC